AUGAGCAGCCAUACAUUUCUCAUUCAUGUGUCGAGAACCAUUCCACGAUCAAAAGUGCAGCAGGUAGUGUGGUCGCAACUUUCAUCGUCGUCCGCAUCGACCCCCAUGCUACCCAUGACAGCUUUACGUUCAUUUUCGACCCAUAAUGCUGCACGCAGCAACCAUUCUAUUACUGUGUUCGGUGCCGAACAUGCUCUUCAAUCGCUACGGCAGAAUAAAACCCAUCUUUUCGGCUUAUCACCUAUUCGUCACCCCGCUGCUUUACGUCGUGCAGCCGCUUCCACCAUGCAACUCAGAGACCGCGACCCUAAAGAUAAUCCAUCGUCUUCUGACGCACCACCGCCCUCCUCUUCAUCACCCAACGGUGGCGGCAGUGAAAGCGGUGGUGGCGGCAACAACGGGGAUGGGGGUCAGAAAUCAAAGAAAGCCAAAAGCGUAUUUGAGAACCAACAGCAGCAGCAGCAGCAGCAACAACAAAAUCAACUACAAAAGCCAUCCGUGCCAGAAGUCUAUCCGCAAUUACUGGCCAUUCCUAUUGCGGGAAGACCUUUGUUCCCCGGAUUCUACAAAGCGAUUGCUAUCAAAGAAGCCCCUGUGAUAGCCGCUAUCCGCGAACUGAUGAAGCGGGGACAGCCUUACGUAGGCGCCUUUUUGUUCAAGCAAGAAGGCGUGAAUAGCGAUACCAUCACGAGCAUGGAUCAAGUGCAUACCACCGGUGUCUUUGCUCAAAUCACCAGUGUGUUGGCUACACCAGGCAUUGAAGAAUCUUCCAACGGCGUCACCGUCGUGCUGUAUCCCCAUCGACGUAUCAAGAUGAACGAGUUGCUGCCGAUGGCCGCCCCUCGCCAGGAGAAAGAACUGAAAAAGAGCGAUACGGCUACGGCAGAAGGAGGGACCGUCACCUCAUUAGAAGCCGAAAAAGAAUCCACCAUGGACAGCAGAGCAGCUGCAGAAGAACCCUUGUUAAAUGAAGCAGAAUUACAGCAAGAGACAACAGAGGGUGCGGUUGAAAAGGGUAACCCAUACAAUUCGCAAUAUGCCACAUCCUUCUUGGCAGAUAAUUAUGCUGUUUCUCUUGUCUCUGUUGAAAACUGUGUCGAACCCGAGCUCUCCAAAAAGAGCCCUUACAUUCGUGCUGUCACUUCAGAGAUUGUCUCUGUGUGUAAGGAAAUCGCUAAUCUCAACCCUCUGUUCAAGGAGCAAAUCGCCAAUUUUUCCAUGUCUCAAUCCGCUGGCAACGUCUUUGAAGAGCCUUCCAAAUUGGCUGAUUUUGCGGCGGCUGUUUCUGCUGGUGAGGCUGCUGAACUGCAAGAAGUGUUGGAAACGCUGAAUGUGGAAGAUCGACUGCAAAAGGCCUUGGUCGUUCUAAAGAAAGAAUUAUUGAAUGCUCAAUUACAGAGUAAAAUCUCAAAAGAAGUCGAUACAAAGAUUGCUAAACGCCAUCGAGAGUAUAUCUUGAUGGAACAAUUAAAGGGCAUCAAAAAGGAAUUAGGCUUAGAAAGCGACGGAAAGGAUAAAUUGGUGGAAGGAUUCAAAGAAAAGGCCGAAAAGUUGGCCAUGCCUGCCACUGUGAAGAAAGUCUUUGAUGAGGAAAUUAAUAAACUGGUUCACCUGGAACCAGCCGCUUCUGAAUUCAAUGUCACCCGAAAUUACUUGGAUUGGCUUACCCAGGUGCCUUGGGGUAAACGAUCUCAAGAAAACUAUAAUAUUGUUCACGCGACCAAAGUACUUGACGAAGACCAUUACGGAUUGAAGGAUGUGAAGGAUAGAAUUUUAGAGUUUAUUGCUGUGGGCAAACUGAGAGGCACGGUCGAGGGCAAGAUCUUGUGUCUUUCCGGUCCUCCCGGUGUCGGUAAAACCUCCAUCGGUAAAAGCAUUGCGCGUGCCUUGGACCGUGAGUUUUACCGUUUUUCAGUCGGUGGACUAACCGAUGUAGCUGAAAUCAAGGGCCAUCGUCGUACGUAUGUGGGUGCCAUGCCAGGUAAAGUCAUUCAAGCGCUCAAGAAGGUGCAGACGGAAAACCCGCUCAUUUUGAUCGAUGAGAUCGAUAAAUUGGGACGCGGUCAUCAGGGCGAUCCUUCCUCCGCUCUUCUCGAACUCUUGGAUCCUGAACAAAACAAUAGCUUUUUGGAUCACUAUAUGGAUGUGCCAGUGGAUCUCUCCAAAGUGCUCUUUGUCUGUACAGCCAACGUGUUGGACACCAUUCCUGGUCCCUUAUUGGAUCGUAUGGAGGUCAUUCAGUUGUCUGGCUAUAUUGCUGAAGAAAAAGCGGCCAUCGCAUCCAAAUACCUCGCACCCACCGCUAAAUCCGCUGCUGGCCUGGAACAUGUCAAUGUCAAUUUGACGCCGGCCGCUAUUGAUUCGCUCAUCAAAAACUACUGUAGAGAGAGUGGUGUUCGUAAUCUAAAGAAGCACAUUGAUAAGGUGUUCCGCAAAGCUGCUUUCAAGGUGGUUCAACAAGUAGCAGGUAAAGCAGAUGAAAAAAAUGAAGCUCAAAUCAAUGCAGCUGCAGCUGCAGAAAAGACAAAAGACGCGACUCCCAAAGACAAACAAGCAGAGACGAGUACAGCAGACGUCAAGGUAGAGGACACAAAGAAGCCGAUCAAGGAACCUCUUCCAGUGCCUUCCGACAUUUCUAUCGAUAUUACUCCUGAGAAUCUUAAAGACUAUGUGGGUCCUCAAGUGUUUCAAACAGAAAGAUUAUACGAACAAACACCUCCUGGUGUCGUCAUGGGCUUGGCAUGGACCAGUCUCGGUGGUUCUUCACUCUACAUUGAAUCUGUACUUGAAUCUUCGCUCGAUCCAAAGUCUACACCCCACUUAUCCAAGACAGGUCAAUUAGGUGAUGUCAUGAAGGAGUCAUCGAGUAUUGCUUACACCUAUGCUAAAUCUUUGAUGGCUACCCAUUAUCCCAAGAAUAAAUUCUUUGAUAAGGCCAAGCUUCAUUUGCAUUGCCCAGCGGGUGCUGUUCCCAAAGAUGGUCCUUCCGCUGGUGUUACAAUGACGACGGCAUUGUUGUCUUUAGCUCUCAACAAAUCUGUGCCGUCCAACAUUGCCAUGACAGGUGAACUCACUGUCACGGGUAAAGUGUUGAAAAUCGGAGGUCUAAAGGAAAAAACGAUUGCAGCUAAACGCUCCAAGGUCAAUACCAUUCUGUUCCCUCGCGAUAAUCAAGCAGAUUGGGAUGAGCUACCUGACUACAUUCGGGAAGGGUUGACAGGUAUUCCUUGCGACACUUACAAGGACGUUUUCAAAGUCUGCUUUGGUGAUAUAAAGAAGGAAGAAGCAGAGAAUGUGUGGAGUUCAGUUUUGACAGAAGAAGCAACAAGCGCUACUACGACAGAGGAGAAGAAAUAG